AUGUCAAAGAUUGAAGAGAUCGACACGCAUGUUAAAGCAUACCUAUACGAUAUUGGUUAUCAUAAAUGGUCUCGAGUACAUGCUACAGUUAAUAGAACAUGGACGAUGACAUCAAAUAUUGCAGAGUCCUUGAAUGCGGUAACCAAAGAUGCAAGAGAGUUGCCCGUAGUUCAACUACUAGAGUACAUGAGGACUCUUCUUAAACGUUGGACUAAUGAAAAGUUAUUGAAUGCAAAGGGUACGUUCACAUACCUUGAGAAAAAAAUACAACAAAGAGUUGGAGGACAACAGGAAAUUAUCGCAGAAGAUGAGAAUUACAUCCAUACUGUGAUAGAUGGUGUGAAGUGCUUCAUUGUUUGCCUUCAAAACAAGAGAUGUAGUUGUGGACAAUUCCAGCUUGAUGAACUUCCUUGUUCACAUGCUUUUGCGGCUUUGAAGCACAGGAACGAGUCUUACGAAAACUAUUGUUCUCCUUAUUACACUAGGGAGAGCCCUCUGCAAACUUAUAAAAAACCAGUAGACCCUCUACCUGUUGAAAGCAAAUGGGAUAUGCCACAAUAUAUAGCAGAAGAAGUUGUACUGCCACCUACUGGGAAAAGGCGGUUGAGGAGACCUCAAAAACAAAGAUACAAACCAUAUGAUGAAAUAAAUGCAAAGAAGUACAAGGUUUCAUGUGGCUACUGCAGAUAA